UCUACCACAUCCUCCGAAAUGCUCACCGUCGUCCGGAAGGCUGGCGCUUUGGCUCGCGCUGCAUCUGCAGGUCAGAGGCGUUUCCUUUCCAUUCAUGAAUACCAGUCCGUCAACCUCCUCAAUUCGUAUGGGAUACCUACUCCCAAGAGCAUCGCUGCAAAAACCCCCGAGGAAGCCUUUGAGGUGGCAAAGAACUUUGGUACCGACAAGCUAGUCAUCAAGGCCCAGGUUCUGGCUGGCGGUAGAGGUAAGGGCAAGUUCGACACUGGACUUCAAGGUGGUGUGCACAUGGUUGGCAGCGCCGAACAGGCCAAGGACUAUGCUUCGAAAAUGUUGGGCUCAAAGCUCAUCACAAAGCAGACUGGUGCUGGUGGUCGCGUUUGCAACGCUGUGAUGCUAGCGGAACGCCGUGAUCCCGCGCACGAGUACUAUGUUGCGGUCCUUAACGACCGUGUCUCCCAGGGUGUUGUCCUCGUUGCGUCAUCGCAGGGAGGCAUGAAUAUCGAAGAGGUGGCAGCGAAAGAUCCUUCUGCCAUUAUCACGACACCUAUCCCCUUCAAGGAGGGUCUUACUUCUUCAGCCGCUCUUGAAAUUGCCAAGAAGCUCGGAUUCAAGGAAGGAGCUCAACAGGAAGCAGCAGGCAUAUUCAUCAACCUUUACAAGAUCUUCAAAGACAAGGAUGCGACCCAGAUAGAAAUUAACCCCAUGGCCCUAACCAAAGACGGCCAAGUUCUAUGUAUGGAUGCCAAAUUCGGCUUUGACGACAACGCCGAGUUCCGUCAACGCGACAUAUUUGCUCUCCGGGACAUUUCGCAAGAAGAGGCGUCAGAGGUCGAAGCACAGAAGGCUAACCUUAACUUCAUCAAGCUAGAUGGAAACAUUGGCUGCUUGGUCAAUGGCGCUGGUUUGGCAAUGGCCACCAUGGAUGUGCUCUCUCUACACGGAGGUAACCCUGCCAACUUCCUUGAUGUCGGAGGAGGAGCAACACCUGAUACCGUGAAGAAGGCAUUCGAGCUCCUACUCGCUGAUCCCAAAGUGAAGAGCAUAUUCAUUAACAUAUUCGGAGGUAUCAUGAGAUGUGACUACAUUGCUGAGGGUGUUAUCAAGGCCACCAAGGAGCUUGCUAUGAAAAUCCCAUUGGUCGUGAGACUGAAAGGUACCAAGGAAACAGAAGCCAAAGAAAUGAUCAAGAACUCGGGCCUCAAAAUUGUCGCCUUCGACCAAUUAGACGAAGCCGCCGAGUACGCUGUGAAGGUUGCUGUUUAGAUUCCUUCUACCUGUCUUUUGCACAUUACGAAUAUCACAUCUAUCAAUGCAAUUUUUUCCAACUUAAUAUACUCUUGUUAGCA